CGCCGUCGUUUUGAUAUAGUUUCUCUCCAAGUCUAUUCGAAGUAUUCCGAUUCGAUUGCAUUCUCAUUCACUUUCCGAAACUUUUUUCUCAGAAAGGUGUGCAAGAUGAUUGGAUCGUUUCUAACAAGAGGACUUGUAAUGGUAUUUGGAUAUGCGUAUCCUGCUUAUGAAUGCUACAAAGCGGUUGAAAAGAAUAAGCCUGAGAUGCAACAGCUUCGAUUCUGGUGCCAAUACUGGAUUUUGGUUGCUGCUUUGACGAUUUUCGAAAGAGUUGGCGAUGCUUUUGCUUCAUGGGUUCCACUAUACUGUGAGGCAAAACUGGCAUUUUUCAUAUAUCUUUGGUUCCCCAAGACCAGAGGAACUACAUACGUUUACGAUUCUUUCUUUAAACCAUAUGUUGCAAAGCAUGAAAAUGAAAUUGACCGCAACUUGAUUGAGCUAAGGACCAAAGCUGGAGAUAUGGCAGUGGUAUACUGCAGAAAAGCAGUGAGCUAUGGACAAACAAGAAUCGCAGAGAUCCUGCAUUUUGUAGCUCUCCAGUCAACACCAAAACCUCAGCCGAAGGUAAAGAAGCAGGCCGCACCAGAAGAGGAGGAACAGAAUCAACCGGAUCUUAAGGCGACGAGCCAAGCAGCUUCUUCUAAUCCUCAAGCGCGUAUGCAAUCGAAGAAACCACAGCUUGUAACCAAAGAACCUAUAUCACCAAAGCCUCUUUCAUCCCCACGUAAGCAACAACAACUACAAACAGAGACCAAGGAAGCAAAAGCAAGCGUAUCACAAACCAAACUCACUACUCUAUCUCCACCAGUACCACCACCACCACCAUCACCCUCAACCGCCGCGAAACCAAACGCUGAUCCAGCACAGCCAUUACCAACAGAGGCAGAGCAAGCGUCACAGACUGUUGCAGCGUUACCACCACCAGCGUCUGAGAUUCAGCGAGCGACAUCUUCGAAAGAGACUUUACUGGAGGAAACACUUAGGGUCACUCGUGGGAGUCUGAGAAAAGCUCGUUCUGCGGGAGCACCGCGCUAAGAGAAUGAUUAAGGGGAACACAUAAUUUCAGAACUCUACCCCUUUUUUUUAUUGGUUUCUCUUUAAAACAGGAAUAAUCGAUUUUAUUAAACGGUGCUAUUUGUU